AUUUCUCCUUUCCAAGUUCCUUCUCACCCUCGAUUCCCCAGACCUUUUUCGAAAUCCACGUUCUCCCUUGGCUCAUUCUCGUCCCGCCACCAGAAUACACAGCAUUCAUCUCAACAAUGGGCUCUCUUGCUCCACCCAGCCGACCCCCAAGCGCGGUCUCGGUAUCUCUCCAAGAACUCCAGAAUGGCACCGUCUCGCUCGAUACUCUCGAGCAAGCGUUUGGGGCAGACAGUUUGGGCAUCAUCCUCGUGCGAGAUUUACCCGAGGAGUUUGUGGGUUUGAGAAGGUCGUUGUUGAGUUAUGCUAGUUACUUGGCGAACUUGCCGAGGGAGGAAUUAGAAAAGGUCGAAAUCCCUGCAGCACGCUACAACGUCGGCUGGUCUUGCGGUAAAGAAAAGCUCGACAAUGGCCAAUUCGAUACCUUUAAAGGUUCCUACUACGUUCAACCCAUCCACUCAGCAGACGGAAAGCCAGAAGCCAAGGCACGAGAACUGUUUCCGCACAUUCCAGACAUGACGAGCCCCAACGUAUGGCCAAGCGAGGAUGUGUUGCCUGGAUUCGAAGCACUCUUCGAAAAGCUCUGUCGCUUGAUCGUCGAUGUAGCUGGCUUAGUAGCUAGAAGCUGUGACCGAUAUGGCGUAGCAAAGCUCGAGGACUACCGAGAUGGUACGCUCGAGAACAUUGUCAGAGGGAGUGUGAGCACCAAAGCAAGACUCUUGCACUACUUUCCUCCUCCACCAAAAGCACCAGGUUCCGCAGAAAAGGGCGAUGAUGAUUGGUGUGGCACACAUUCAGAUCUGGGAGCUUUGACCGGUCUGACCAGUAAUAUGUUUAUCGACGAAUCCAUGUCCUCGCCUACAGCACCAGACGCCGCGCGAGCGCCAGAUGGACGACUGGCAAAUCUUCCCGAACUGGACCACCAUCCGGAUCCCAAAGCCGGACUCUGGAUCAAAGACCGAGCUGGUCGAACCACUCAAGUCCACAUUCCACGAGAUUGUCUCGCGUUCCAAACCGGCGAGGCCUUGCAGCUAAUUACCAGAGGCAAAUUCCGAGCUGUACCGCAUUUUGUCCGCGGACCCGCUGGUGUCGUGGGAGACGAUGGCCAGGAGAGGAAGAUUGCGCGAAACACGCUUGCUGUGUUUACGCAGCCCAACUUGUGGGAGAUUGUGGACGAAAAAGAAAACUUGGACUUUGCGGGUUUGGCAAAAAGAGUCUUUGAGAAGACGUAUUGAGAUGUUGAUAGGUAGUAUUACCUUACCGUACCUUUACCUUAC